CCGCCCCGCGCCGCGGCCAAAGGGCAGUGCCCCCCCGCGGCCCCACCCAGGGGGGUCACGGCCACGCGCUGCUCGCGCUGGAAGCGGUGCAGAGCGGUUUUGGGGCAUUUCGGGGAUUUCCGUCCCCCCAUCCCCCAUUGUCCCCGUUGCUCCCCUCCGCGGCGGCCCCGUGUCCCCGCGCGGCCGUCAGGUGACAGCGGGGCGGGGGGGGGGUGACCCCGCUUCCCCUUUUGGCGCCAUAAAGGCGCGGCGGGGACGUGCGGGGACGCGCGGGGACACACGAGGAUGCUGGUGCUGCUGGCGGUGACUGCGGUGGUGGCAGCCAAGGCGGGCCCGGGGAGGGCGGUGCAGUUCCUGGCGGUGGGUGAUUGGGGGGGGGUUCCCGAACCUCCCUUCGCCACCCCCCGCGAGGUGGCCACAGCGGCAGCCAUGGGGCGUGUGGCCGCGGAGCACGGUGCUGACUUCGUGCUGGCGCUGGGCGACAACUUCUACUACGAUGGGGUCCGGGAUGAGUGGGACCCCCGCUUCCAGGAGACUUUUGAGCGCGUGUUCGCAGUGCCAGGGCUUCGGGCUCUGCCCUGGUUCGUGCUGGCAGGAAACCACGACCACCACGGGAACGUAAGCGCGCAGCUUGCCUACAGCCGCCACUCGGACCGAUGGCACUUCCCACACUACUACUACAGCCUGCGCCUGCACGUGCCAGGCACCAAUGCUACGGCGCGGCUGCUGGUGCUGGACACCGUGCUGCUGUGUGGGGCCACUGAUGACUUUGGGGUGGGGGCACCCCCUCGAGGCCCAGUGGAUGCUGCUGCAGCUGAGGCACAGCUCUCCUGGCUGCAGGGCCGCUUGGCCGCCGCACGGCACGACCGCUACGUGCUGGUGGCUGGCCACUACCCAGUGUGGUCAGUGGCUGAGCAUGGCCCCACAGCCUGCCUGGUGCGGCUGCUGCGGCCACUGCUGCGGCGGCACCGCGUCACUGCAUACCUCUGCGGCCAUGACCACAACCUGCAGUUCCUGCAAGAGGACGGGGUGGGCUACGUGGUGAGUGGAGCUGGGAACUUCAUGGAGGCAUCACAGAGCCACAAGGCAGCUGUGCCCCCCGGCACACUCCGCUUCUUCUUUGGGGCUCCGGAAUCGCCCGGAGGCUUCGCUCACCUCCGCCUCGAUGCCACUGCUGCCACCAUCACCUUCCUGGAGGCCACUGGGCGUGUUCUGUACCGCGUGGCACUGCCCCCCCGCGACUUCUGAGCCCCUUGACCCUCAUGACCUCUGACCUCGCGACCGGGGAUCCCUGGCGGGGACUGGGGAGGAACCACACGUCGUGACUCUCCGGAGUCCCCAUUGGGCACUGGCCCCCCCGAAGUCUCCAGUGAGGCCUAGGGCUGCCCUGAGGUGCAACGUUGAAGCACCUCCAUAGUCACAGAGACCAUAUUACUGAGGCUCCCAUGGCCCCGGCCCCCCAUCAAUAAAGGCCUUUAAAUGGA